AUGGAGGUCAUUCUCUGGGCCAUUUCUAGUGUAUUUCGCUGGAUGCGUCUGAAAAUUUACCAGUAUGAGGUGACAUUCGCCAUCUACAUGCUUACGCCCAUCGAGAAGCUCAUCUUCAACACGCUCCUCCUCACCCUUAUCACCAUGGUUGCCGCCGGAAUCUACAUCUACCUCCCCGACCACCUCCGCGCCAUCUACGGCCGCCUCUACUACUACUGGGCUGGCGAGCGCCUGUUCAACUCCGGCCGGCUAUCAAUCAGCUCUGUCUUCGGAGAGAGCGCCACGGCAAUCGGCGGUAUGGUGUACGAGACUGCGAAGAAUGCUGCUGCCACCACGACCCAGCGCAUGGAGCGCAUGGCGGAACUGUGA